GUAUCAGACGUAACGGCGAUGUCUUCCAAUAUGUACGAACUAUUGGUGCAUGUUGAGCAGAUUGUGCUCGAGCUGAUCUCAAGUAUUACGUCUUUUGAGAAUGUUACUUUAAAAAUUCCACGCAUAUGUCGAGAUUGGUACGACCCAAUCAAUUUUGAGGAUAAUAUCGGAGUAUUUGAUAACGUGAAGGCAAUUUUGAAUUGUCGCAAGAUUAUGUACAAUAAUCGACGUAGUCGUCACCGGUUUUGUCUGAUUGUGUAUCUCUUGGCCGAGAUCCAUAACUUGCACUUGUCCGGCGGUAGUUGCACAAUCCGUGGACUCUACUAUCGGGACACUCAUGUGGUUCGCUCGCAGAGCUACAUUGUGGCAGCCAAAUUGGAUGUCUGCCGCAUGCUGAACACGGCGCCCGUCAAUCUGGGCAUAUUAUCGGCGUCGAAAGGACUUAUUGCAGGUGACAUUAAGCUGCUCAUGAGCAAUGGCGAUAUAUUGGACUGCAACGUCUAUUGUGGAGCUAUAACAUUGCCAACGGACUUUGAGAAUGUGGAACGCAUUGUGACAAAUGCCGAAAUGGUCCUGAUCGUUGAAAAGGAGUCUGUCUUUGAGAGCUUGCUUGCCUGCAAUGCUUGCAACACGAUUGGCUUGCGUUUCAUUUUGUUGACCGGCAAGGGAUAUCCGGACUGUACAACGCGACGCAUUGUGCACAGAUUGUCCGUUGAGUGCAACUUGCCUGCCUAUAUUCUGGUAGAUGCCGAUCCAUUUGGCAUUGAGAUAAUGCUCACCUACCGACACGGUUCGCAAGCCAUGAGCUUCUCGUCCAAGAGUCUUGCCACACCAAUGCUGCGCUGGCUUGGCUUGCAUCCGUCCGAAAUUGACAGUAUAUCCAAACGCGCUGUUGCCCUUACCAAAUACGACAAUAAAAAGAUUCUUGAUAUUCUUUCCCGCAGUUACAUUAGCUUGGGUGUCAGGCAGGAGCUGCAGACGCUGCAAAGAAUUCAGUUCAAAGCCGAAAUCGAGAGUGUCAUUGAUUUUUUAAGUCCUUACUAUAUACCCACUAAAAUUAAUAGGAAUUUGUUCUUGUAAUUUUUUCAAAUGGUUUUCUGAUCAAAUCAGAAAACCAAAAGUUGCCUUGAACAUUUUCACGCACCCAAAGCUAAUAUACUUAAAUUUAUUUCUUUAAAAGAAAUGUGUUUGUAUUAAUAUUUGAAAGCUGAUUUUCUUAAUUGUCAUAACCUUUUCUAAGUUCAUGUACACAAUCUUUUUGAGAAAGUCUUGACAAAAUUGUGUCUAGAGACGCAUUCGCACCACUUUUCCACGAUUUAACUCAUAAAAUGUCCAACUAUUUACGAAAUGUUUUAAGAAACAAUAUUUGAACAUCACAUUUGUGCAUUCAUGAUGCACAGAAGCAUGAACCAUUUAUAAAGACAACACUAUUGGAUUAACAGGUUGACAAAUGAAUUGAGGAAUUGCCAAAAGUUAUAUACAAUAUGUUGAUUAGAACACUUAAGAAAAUUGUAAUAGUAUUUUAAUAAAUAAUUUAUAUUAUGCAAUAUAAAAGUACAUUA